AUCGCUUUUUUCAAGUCAUGUUUAAGCCAUAUUUGCCAGUGGUUUAUCUCUCCCUCUGCCUGGUGUUUGUAUCAGCUACUGAUGAUAAUGAAUUGUUGGUUGUGUGUCCGCCAAAAUCAACUUGCAUCAGGGGUGUAUUUAGGCAUACCUACAACACUGAAUUUGAGGCAUUUAUGGGCAUGCCUUAUGCCUUGGCCCCUUUAGGAGAACUAAGAUUUCGAGACCCCAUUAAGAUGGUCAAACUUCCGUUUACAAUUGAUGGUACUAAGUCCAAGCCGAAUUGCAUUCAAAGAAAUUAUUUCUUAAAUAGACAAAGAAUAUUUGGAAAAGAAGAUUGUCUUUAUUUAAAUGUCUACAGACCAGUGGUGAGUCCACAAGAUAUUGGUAAUAUCAACAGAUAUAUAUAUGGCGGUGGAUUCAAUAGUGGAUCGGCUAGUUAUUUAUAUACUGGUCCAGAGUAUUUUAUGGCCACACAAUCGGUAAUCUUGGUCACAGUGUCUUAUAGAUUGGGAGCCUUGGGAUUUCUGUCAACUGGGGAUAAUAGUAUUUCUGGAAAUUUUGGACUCAAAGAUCAACACAUGGCAUUAAAAUGGGUCCAGGAAAAUAUAGCCGACUUCGGGGGUGAUAAGGACAAGGUGACGUUAUUUGGUCAUGGUGCUGGCGCCAUUGCUACCCAUUUGCAUUUAAUGAAUCCCAACUCUGAGGGUCUCUUUCAUAGAGUGAUUAGCAUGAGUGGCACGGCGAAUAGUCCCUAUGCCAUUGAACGAAACCCACUCGAAAAAGCCCGGAACACUGCAUUUUACUGUAAUAUAGAAAAUGUAGACCAUAUAAGUACUACGAAACUUUCUAAGGCCCUGCGAAAAGUGAAUGCACUAAAACUAGUUGAAGCUGAAGACUACGUUAAACGUUGGGUUGGGGAUCCCAAUACAUAUUACCGUCCAGUAAUAGAGCCUCCAGGAAAGAACGCCUUUCUUACCCAAGAUCCGGAAGAGUUGAUCAGAACAGUAAAUUACACAAAACUUCCUUGGCUUUUGGGCACUGUGCCCGAAGAUGGAGCCAAGUGGGUAAUUAAUAUUAUGGAAAACUCUUCAGUGCUUCAGAAUUUUAAUUCCGAAUUCCAUUAUAACCUUUUGGAGUUAAUACAAUUUCCUAAUCGAUUUAAUGCAACUGUGAAAGAUGAAAAAUUAAUUCAACUAGUACAGGAUUAUUUUGGUGGUACAAAGGAAUUGCACGAAGGAUCUUUAAGAGGAUUUUUAGAUGUGAUGACCGAUAGAGGUUUCAAGCAUCCGCUCUAUAACGUUAUUAGAUAUUAUCUUCGAAAUGUAGAUACCGAUGUGCACCCUAUCUAUAUGUACAGUUUCAAUUAUAAGGGUCGUUUUAGUUCUGCCUCACUGUAUGCAAAACGUAUUACCAGAAAUUAUGGAGUUGUUCAUGGCGAUGAUUUGCAUUAUUUGUUUCGCAGUCCUCUUUAUUUUCGCGACUUUCAUCGAAACUCUACCGAGGCCGCGAUCGUCCAAUUGUUUGUCAACUAUUUUGUAACAUUUGCCAAACACGGAAAACCCCUUAAUUUUCCCACAUUGGAUUCUUGUGAUACAUCUGUUUUGGCCCAUCGACCCAAAGGCAUUUGUGACUAUCAUGAAUUUUUCAAUGCAAAAUAUAGUUUACAACACGUCAGAGUUAAUAACGCAUAUCCAACUCAACGAGUUCGAUAUUGGUUGGAUUUAUUAGAGGAAAGCAGAAAAUCUGAACUUGGAAAUCCUUUCUAUGGCACAUACACCUCUGGUAAAUAGGUUAAGUACUUCUAACCAAAUUGAAUUAUUUUUUUUUAUUUUAUAUUUUUUUUAAUUAUC